CUCUCUCUCUCUCUCUCUCUCUCGCGCGCUCCAUUCGCCCCAUUCGCGCCAUCCGCUGCCCAUGUCCCUGAUUCUCUUCUCCUCCACGCCCACACCCUGCCUCACCAAAAACCCGCUUUCUCUUCUCUUUUUUCUCUCUUUUUAUCUGAAAAAGCCGCCUUGUCGUUCGCGCUUCCUCUAACCCUCCCUUUCUCAUUAGAUGGCCGCUGUCUCCAAGACAUCCCGACCUUCCGACCACGAGCUACUGUCAACCGAGGCCAGCUCUGAACCUGAUCCUCCCUCACACAACACCAACCCCAACCCAUCUAGUAGUGCCAACCCGCAAUCCACGGCUGCUGCCACCACCACCACCACCACCAAUAACACAACCGGCAGCGCUUCUCCUCAACCUGGCACUGCCACUGCCACCACAACCACCACCUCCUCUUCCUCCUGCAACACCAACAGCACUACAUCAUCACCGACAGAUCCCUACCACGCCGCAUCCACGGUAAACCGCCCUUAUUACCGCUCGCAUCACCACUCGCCCUCCUCAACCAGUUCUUUGCACAAGUUGCAACGCUCCGGCGGUCUUUUCGGUUUUGCUGCCGCUGCCAUUGACAAGACCCAAUCCGCACUUGCUGCGUUUUCCUCGGACCAAUCAGUCCGACAGCGCGCCUCCAGUUCCGCAUUUGGCAGGGCCUCUCUCACCCCCGACUCUGCUUCGGACUACUCUGCCAGCCUUGGCUCGACAGACAAAUACCCGCGCUAUACGAGCCCCUCCAACUAUUCGUCUUCGAGCAGCAAUCUCAACCAUCUAGAGGGCAAGCUUCCAAGCCAGGUAUCGCUGGUACAGGAUAUACCCUCUCAACCCUACAGCGAGACCGAUCCCAAUAGACCUCUCCCCUACCGACAGCCGAGCAUAGAGAGCAAAAUGCAUCAAACUUCCUCGCGGCUUCUCCGCAUGACGGACGAUGACCGGCCGUUCACCAAGGACUUCAAAGACCUUUUCUCAACACUCAUCGUCAGCCUCCUGCCCCUAUCCGCACACCGUGUGCGGUUAACACGCGUGGAAAACACAUUCCUGUCCGAAGAUGCGAUCAACAACUUGGGCUCCCUCAAGUUCUCCCAAUCCAACCGUAUGCCCGACCCCAAGGACCCCUCCAGAAUAGUGACGACCACGACCACCACAACGUUUUCGAUGGCCAAGGACAUGGCCCGCUCCAUUUGCCAGAAGUUUCUCGAGGCAAGGUUUAUCGAGUCCGCCGACGGAAAGUACCAGCAGGUGUACACCAUGAAGGGUUCCGUAUGGCAAUUGACCACCAAGGGCGUUACCGUGCUGGAUCGCUUCUGCUCCCGCAAUGGUAUCCAGCAAAAGUCGAUAGCAGAGCUGGUCGGCUCCACGUUGUCGCAACUCGUCAUACUAGAGAGGGAUAGCCAGACGGACAAGCUCAUGACCGACCGCGGCACGAUUGAAGUCAUCUUCCGGAGGUUCAUUGGCACACACGGCCCCAACGUCAAGUCGAGCGUCAGCUCGGCCGACUCGGAUUCCCUGAGCGACUACAAAGACGGUCUCACCGGUGUCAAGAUGGCUAGCGAGCGCAAGGUGAACGGCAAGACGUACAAGGAUACCUUCACAGGCAAGGCCGCCACUGAUUGGUUGAUGGACUGUUGCACAACCGUAGACAGGCGGGAGACGUACGACAUCGCGGCGCUGUUCGUGGAGUACGACUUGAUCGAGCCCGUGGUACAAGACCGUGCUCACAUGGCACAGUACCCCAGCAACAGCAUGUUCCAACCCACCAAGCAUGCCAUUUACCAACUGACGGCGAAGGGCAAGGAUCUGAUUAAUGGUCUCGGGGCAAGAGGAAGGACGUCGGAGAGCGAGGCUGUCGUACCAUCCCGUAGCGCCAUCGCGCGGGACUCCAACACCCAGAGGUUGGACAAGAUCCUGACCGACGCCGCCCUUCGCCUGCUCUUCAGGGAGAACCUCAGGGAAACGCACUGCGAGGAGAACCUGUCCUUCUACCUGGACGUCGACGACUUUGUCCGAAGUUGCCGGGGGGCGAUCAGGGCCGCCCAGAAGAACCCCAACGCGAGCUCGCUGGACGGCAUCAAGGAGAUCAUGGCGCAGGCAUACGGGAUUUAUAACGCAUUCCUCGCCCCCGGGUCUCCCUGCGAGUUGAACAUUGACCACCAACUCCGCAACAACCUGGCCACCCGAAUGACCAAGGCCGUCGGCCAAGAUGUGGCCAUGAUUGAGACUCUGCAAGAGGUCAUGUCGCUGUUCGAGGACGCACAAAACGCAGUCUUUAAACUGAUGGCGAGCGACUCGGUCCCCAAAUUCCUGAGAAGCCCCAAGUACGAGCACACCCUGAAGAACUACGACUUUGACGCAGUUACGAGCGGCGGCCGCGGCCCAGAGCGUAGCACGAGCCGGUCGAACCCCAAAUGAGCAGGGUCGGCAUGAAGCAGUUCGAAACAAACAAAAUGAGAGACGGCGGACCUCGUACCCAAUUCUUGCCGCGCGACACGACGAUUACAUACCUAAAACAACCUCUUCGGCAUAGGUCCGCGCAGUUCAAGUUGGCAUACGGCACUUCCCUCGACCCAUAAUCUUGUGCAUAACAUGGUGGUCUCUUAUUCAUUACCAGGCGGCAGGGAGGAUCUUUUACUUUCUAACCAGAGGAGAGGGCCCCGCUCAAGCCGAUGCUGGUCGCCAUCUGGAUUCUCCUCUUUUUUUUUUUUCUUUUUUUUUUCUUUUUUGAAAACGAAGGCGUUGGGGAUGAAUUAUUCUUAGAGGGAGACCCGAUGAGGCGGCGAAACCC